AUGGCGCUUCUUGUUCGCACCCUUUCUGCGCUGGCCGCGAGCACGGUGACAGUGUUUGUCAUUGUCCGCGCCAUAGCUGCCGACAGCUAUCCCGUGCCCCCUCGAAAUCACCGACCUCACAUCUCCAGCGUCCCUGGUUUUCAGCUGUUCCCACCGAAUGCUGCCAUCUCUCUCACCGAGGAUAACAGCACGUUCUUCCCGGCCCGGCCAGCCACCUUCGGCCCCGAGCUGCCAGAAGACGGCCUUAGCGCAGCGCUGUGGAUCGGUGCGGGCUUUGGUGAAGACGGCGUCGAGCCCCAGGGCGAACUCGGUUGCAGUGACGUCCCUGGCUGGGAUGGUAAGCGUGCCGCCGAUGGUAACCCUGUCUUGCCUGCCGACGGCUUCUUUGACGACGGCACGGACAAUUACCUGGAAGACUACUCCUCGGGAACGUACUUCCGCAACCUCCACAAGACCGUCCAUGCCAAGGCGGGCGUCACGACCGGGGGUCGUGACGGCAGCCGCAAGGCCGCCGACGGCAUCACCGCAGUCGGUGACGAUGUCGAUGUUGAAGUUGAGACUAGUGCUGCUGCAGCUGUCAAUGCUGCUGGUGUCAAAGGCGACUCAGCGCCGACAGCUUCCGACUUUACUGCGGGUGCUGAGCCCUAUGGCUCAGGCGGAUCACGCAAAGAUGUGUCCUGGAAGGACCCGAGCCGGCAUGGCAAAGCAGCCAGCAAGGUGCCGCAUCACAGUGAUAUUCAGUCUCUGCAGGAAGGAGCUGAGAUUGCCGGAAAGAUUGUGCUCCUUAGGAGGGGCGGCUGUGGGUUUCUGGCCAAAGUCAUGUGGGCCCAACGGCGCGGUGCCGUCGGCGUGAUUGUGGGCGACGACCGCAAAGGCGGGCCUCUCAUCCAGAUGUACGCCAGUGGGGACACCUCGUUUGUCACCAUUCCGUCCGUGUUCACAGCACACACCACGGCCCAUUUGUUGACAGCGCUGGUUGAAGCCGUGCAAGACGACGAGACGGGCCUUAAGAAAGCUCCUGGCAUUGAAACCAAGACCAAGACCAAGACAACGACAACAGCGCCCGCGCCCGAAAAGACGGAUGCUGCUGACGACAGUUGGUUCUGGAAGACCCGGCCGCGGGAGUGGGUGCUUGACGAGUACAUUCCCACGUCCACGUCGACCGGCACUGGUGCCGACCCCACAUCCACAGGCUCUCCCGGCAAGGGCAACGGAAAGGUGCUCUUUGUGACCAUUGCACCCACACGGAGCACCCUUCCCCUCCUUGACACGCUGCUGGUUGUCAUUGCCAGCCCCCUCCUGGCCAUCAUCGUCAUUACGGGUAUUUUGAUCUUCAUCCGUACCCACUACCGGUACCGCGCAUGGCGCGCCCCCAAGGCCGUCGUCGAGCAGCUGCCUGUCCACAUCUACGUGCCGCCGGGCGCAGCACCACCGGCCCCGAUCGCCGUGCCUCUCGGCUCUGCCGUUGCUAGCCCACUCUCCUCGCCGGCUCGCUCACCUAGCCCGCCGACACUGGAGCCUACACUGACGACUCCGCUCUUACAGCGGCCUCGUUCGCGCACGACGACAGGCGUGCCAGGCGAUGAGCGCCGUGUAACCGUGACCCUUCCCCCGGCCGAACCACACCCGCCGUCCCGGUAUUUCCAGGUCGAGUGUGUGGUGUGCCUGGAAGAUUAUGUGGCCGGCGACCGCGUGAUGAGCCUACCUUGUGGCCACGAGUUCCACGAAUCUUGCAUCACAGCCGGUACUGUACAGCUUGAUUCCACGACAUCGAGCCGUGGCUAUGAUUAA